CAGAAUGAAAAGUGUGGUGCUUGCCAGAAAACUGUUUAUGCUAUGGAAAAAAUCGAAAUGAAUAAAAAUCAUUAUCAUCGAGCUUGUUUAAAAUGCUCCCAGUGCUCAGCUGUACUCACCCCAAAAACUUUCGCAAUUAAUGCCGGAACAAUGUAUUGUACCAGUCAUUAUAAACAACUUUUUGCACGGAAGGGAAAUUAUGAUGAGGGAUUUGGCAGACCACAACACAAGAAGAAAUGGAAGAGUGAACCUAAUCUAUUAGCAGAUAGUGAACUUCAAGAACACGAAAUAGAAGCAUAG